AUGGUCCGCGGAACCCGAGUGCUGCUGCACGACUACCACCACCUUCGGCAGAUAACCGAGCGGAUAAUCGGGACCGGCAUCGACAUCCUUGACCGGCGAAGGAUGGCGCGGAUGGUGGCCGGCGACACCGCCUGCGCGUCCGCCCCCGAUGCCCAGCGGCUUGCCCGGCUCAGCCGCAGGAUCUUGAGUGGCGCCGAGCUCGAUUGCCCCGAGUUCAAACUCGCCGCUUCUUCUUCUGAUCUAUGGAGCGCGGAUAUGGUCGGGUUCUUGGCCAACAGGUGGACGGCAAAAGAGGCCGCAUAUAAGGCACUCUAUCCGUACCACGAAGCCCGCUGGAAAGAGCUCAGUCUGCUCAAGGGCCAGCCCGGCCAGCCCAAGAAACCCGUCCUCAUCUUCCACCCCCAUUCGCAUAUCACUCUCCAUGUCAGCCUCUCCCAUGACGGGCCAUACACCAUUGCUUCCGUCCUCGCUACUUCUUCUUCCUCUCCUGAUUCCCCUGGUCAUCAUACCAUCACCACCGGAAGGACGCACUCCGUUGUGUUGUGA